AUGGCAGCCCUCAUGCCGCCCCUGGCCGCGGUCGCGAUCGCCGAGUUCUCGCCCGUCGCCGUCGGCGACCCGCGGCGCGUCGUCGCGGCGACGAUCCGGAUGAAUCGCGUCGCCGUGACCUUCGGGGACGGCGCCGCCGCGGACUUCCACGUCGCCUGGCUCUACGACAACGCGCCGCGCUGCUUCGAGCCGGCGUCGGGCCAGCGGCUGCUCUACGUCGACACGGUGCCCCUGGCGCCGCCGCGCCGGGCCGCGGCCGCGGGCGGCGACCUCGAGAUCGUCCGCCCCUGCGGCGCCGUCGACGUCCUGGCGGGCGCGUUCCUCCGGUCGCGCGCGCGCGGCCUGGCCCCCGACGGCCGCGGGCCGACGCCCUGGAGCGCGGCGACGGCGCCCUUCCCGCGGGCCAGCUGGGACCGCGUGAAGCACGACGACGCGGCCCUCGGCGCCAUGUGCGAGCUCGCGCGAGCCCGCGUCCCGCGGCGGACCCGCGCGUUCGAAACCGUCGGCGCGCCGCAGGUGCUCGCGCACGGCUUCGUCGUCGUGUCGGGCAUGCCCAACGUCGACGGCGCCGUCGCGGACCUCGCGCGGCGCGUCGGCCCGCUGAGCCACACGGAGAUCUACGGCGACACGUUCCGCGUCGAGUCGCAGCGCGACGCUCGCAACGCCUACACGAGCCUGCCCAUCGUGCCCCACAUGGACCUAAGCUACUACGAGUCGCCGCCGGGCCUCCAGCUCCUCCACUGCCGCUACUUCGACGAGAACGUCGCGGGCGGCGCGUCCUACCUCUACGACGCGCACGCGCUCGCCCGCGCGCUCGCGGAGGACCUCCGGGCCGUCGCGCCGGACGCGUUCGCCGCGCUCGCGCGCAUCCCGGCGACGUUCCGCAAGAUGCGGCCCGCGGCGCGCGCCCAGGCGGGCGUCGCCAACGCCGCGGCCAUUGAGUACCGGCGCGCGCACGUCCAGACGAACGCCGAGGGCGACGUCACGGGCGUCUUCUGGGCGCCGCCGUUCAUGGGGCCCCUCGACGCGGACGUCGACGACGCCGACGCCUACUACCGCGCCGCGCGGCUCUUCGCGCUCCUCAUGGACGAGGGCGGGCCCGCCGACGGCGACGACGCGGACGCGGCGCGCGCGCGCGGCCACUCCGUCGGCCGCAAGGUGCACUUCAAGCUCAAGCCGGGCGACGCAGUCCUCUUCAACCAGCGGCGCAUGCUCCACGCGCGCGAGGGCUUCGACCUGGGGCGCGUCGAUCCUACCGCGACGACGCCCGCGCGCCUCCUCGAGGGCUGCUACGUCAACAUCGACUCGUUCCUCUCGAGGACGCUCAUCCUCCGCGGCGCCGACGACCCGGCCGGCGCGACGCGCGUCGGCAACCAGGCCGCCUGA